AUGAUCAGCACUAUCAGCGGAGGACCUACCGUUGCGGGGACGAGCCACCGUUCGAUGAAACAGUAUGUGCGUGCCGCACAGUUCCCUCAGGUGCUCGGAAUAGAGAUGAAUCGGUUCCAGGAAACACCAAAAGUUCGUUGGGAGCCGAUCACAUUUUGCCAAGAGGAAGAAGAGGGAAUCCUCUAUCCCCACGACGACCCAAUGAUCAUCCGAGCUGAAAUUGCCGAUUACGAUGUAGGGCGAGUGCUGAUCGAUACCGGGAGCUCCGUGAGCGUAAUCUUUGCUGAAGCUUUCAGAGAGAUGGGAAUCAAUGACAACCAAGUCGACCGGCAGUUGACACCUCUGUUAAGCUUCUCUGGAGACUUGGUCCAACCGAUCGGUAGUGUCAGACUGCCAAUUACAUUUGGCACGGCGCCGAGAAAAGCAACAACGUACGAUCAGUUCCUCAUCGUCGACUGCCCGACGGCAUACAACGUUAUCGUUGGCCGAACGGCACUGACGAGGAUCAAGGCGCAUCUUUCGCCCCACAUGCUGUUGAUGAAGUUCCCUACCCCGAACGGCACGGGGGCAAUCCGGGGAAAUCAAUUCAGCGCGCGGACUUGCUACGCUACGGCGCUCAAGGCAACCUCGUUCAUACUCCCCAACGAGACCAUGACGGUGCAAGGUUUACCGAACGGUACUGGACCGGUUGACGACCCUAGAGAUGAAUCUCCCACCCCUCACACACAACCUGCCGAAGAAUUGGAAACCAUAACCUUGAGCGAUGAACAGCCCGACCGACAGGUUAGGAUCGGCACUAGACUCACUGCGAACCUCCGAACGCAAUUCAUAGACUUCUUGCGGCAUCAUUCGGAAGUUUUCGCAUGGUCUUACGAGGACAUGCCCGGCAUCGCCCCGGACGUGAUUAGCCAUAAACUCACCAUCUCCUCCGCCUAUAAGCCCGUAAGGCAGAAGCGCCGAUCAUACGAUGCCGAACGGUAUGAGGCGAUGCGCACGGAAGUCGAGAAACUUCAAACCAUCGGUUUCAUCCGGGAAGCAACGUAUCCGGUAUGGCUUGCCAACUCCGUCAUGGUAAGAAAGUCCCCGGGCGGGUGGCGGAUGUGCCAAGACUAUACCGACCUCAACAAGGCCUGCCCGAAGGACAGCUUUCCGUUACCACGGAUAGACCAGCUCGUGGACGCCACUGCCGGCCACGAACUGCUGAGCUUUAUGGAUGCCUACUCCGGCUAUAACCAGAUAUUCAUGCACCCUCCCGACAGCGAACAUACCGCAUUCAUAACGGACAAAGGGUUGUACUGUUAUAAUGUCAUGCCGUUCGGUCUGAAGAACGCAGGGCUCGGUACUAAUUCGGAAGCCAGAGAAGGCAGAAUUACCAAUUUUCUACGUCAGCAAGGCACUCCAGAGCGCGGAACUUCGGUAUCCCCCAUUAGAGCAGCUGGCUCUAGCCCUUGUUGUCUCGGCACGAAGACUUCGGCCAUACUUCCAGGCACACGGGAUCAAAGUCCUGACCAACCAACCCCUCCGGCAAGUCCUCCAGAAACCAGAAAUUUCGGGCGAUUGAUCAAAUGGGCGAUCGAACUCGGGGAAUUCGACAUACAGUUCGUUCCAAGGCCCGCGGAGAAGGGCCAGGCUGUUGCCGAUUUUAUCUCCGAGCUUACCCCAGCGACAGUACAACCGACAUCUGAGGCAAUUACCGAGACCAUCUUGCCGGAUCCACCAGGCGCCGAACGCCUCGACACAUCAACUCCCGUCUGGGGUUUGCACGUCGAUGGCUCGGCAAACCAGCAAGGAUGCGGAGCGGGCUUGGUGCUGACAACACCGGACGGACAGAAGAUCGAAUACGCCCUCCGAUUCGACUUCCGGACCUCCAACAAUGAAGCGGAAUACGAAGCCCUCUUGGCCGGCCUUCGGUUAGCCAAGAGCAUGAAUGCAAAGCAAAUCCGAAUUCACAGCGACUCCCAGCUCAUUGUGAACCAGGUAACGGCAGACUUCGCCGCCAAGGAUGCCUCCAUGUACGCCUACCUUUCAACCGCCCAUCGGCUACUCCGAAGUUUCCAAGCAUACGAGAUCAAACAGAUCCCCAGAGGCGAAAACAGCCAUGCCGAUGCUUUGGCAAGACUCGCUUCGGCGAUAAACGACAAAGUCGGAAGAAAGGUACCAGUGGAGAUCCUUGCCCAACCGAGCACGGUAACCUCCGAAGCGUGUGCCGUACGGUAUGAGGAUACAUGGAUGUCUCCCAUCUACUUAUACCUGACGAAAGGCACCCUUCCUGAGGAUAAGGCCCAGGCCCGAAAGCUGAGAUACCGAUCAGCAAGAUACACAGUUAUCAACGAUGUACUCUACAAGCGCGGCUACACUACCCCGUAUCUCAAAUGCCUCACGGCAGAGCAAGGGGAGGACAUCCUUCGGGAGAUUCACAGCGGUGUGUGUGGCGACCAUUCCGGGUCCCGAUCUCUCGCCUACAAAGUCUUUCGGCAGGGAUACUUUUGGCCAACCAUGCAUCAGGACGCCAAUACACUGGUGAAGAGGUGUGACAAAUGCCAGCGCUUCGGUAAUGUCCCACAUAUCCCUGCCGAACCUCUCACGCCGAUUGUAAGUCCUUGGCCUUUCGCACAAUGGGGACUGGACCUGAUUGGCCCAAUGCCGCAAGGCAAGGGGCAGGCAAAAUAUGCAGUGGUUGCCGUUGACUACUUCACCAAAUGGUUGGACAAGGCAAAGGGAGCCUGGCCGGAAAAGCUUCCCGAAGCACUGUGGGCCAUUCGGACGUCUUACCGAACGUCCACUGGAGAAACCCCUUUUUCUCUGGCCUUUGGAUCGGAAGCAGUGGUACCCGUGGAAAUCGGUGAACCUUCCUACCGAACGGAAGCCUUCGCACCGAAGCAGAACGAGGAGGCCAUGUCUCUAAGCCUUGACCUACUCGAGGAGCACCGAGCACAGGCCAACCUUCGGAAUGAAGCCUACAAACAGCGUGUGUCUCGGUAUUACGACUCUAGGGUCAGACCCCGCUCUUUCCGAAUCGGGGACUGGGUCAUGCGCAAGGUAUCGCUUGCGACGAAGGAUACCACGGAAGGAACCCUCGGACCUUCCUGGGAAGGACCUUAUGAAGUCAUCGGUAUCCUUCGCUCGGGAACCUACCGAUUGAGAGGCUCCAACGGCAAGGCCCUCGGCCAUCCUUGGAACGUAGAACAUCUCAAGUACUACUACAAGUGA